UGUAGUCAGUACAGUGCCGCACCAUCGACAGAUCACAACACACCUUGCCUCGUCCUCCUCCUUAUUCUAUAUCUUCAAUAUCAUUCUUUAAACCGCAAUAUCAAAAUCUUCCAAAUAGUGACAUUCUAAUAUCGCCCAUUCAACCAUUAUUUCUAUGGUACACUUAUAUCAAUAUAAUAAUAUUCAUUCUAUUCAAAUGGCAUUUUGCUUCAAGUGUUUUACCGUUUCAAUUGUCACAAUUUAAAGUCGGUUAUUUCAAGUCGCUUUGCUCGCCGAGAAAACAUCAGAAGAUAAUUGAAAGUCAAUUGAAUAUUUGUAUUAAAAAAAGUGUUUGACAAUAAGUUAGCAGAUGACGAGAAAAAAAGUGAGAUGAGAAUGACAAACAAUGUAAUAACAAUACAGAUAAAAAAAAGUGAAAUUGACUGGGACCUGAAGCUAGAGAGCUAGAGGUAGAGUGAUCAACUUGAAUCAAUUAGCAUGACAGACUAUGAGAGAAUACGAGUGGUGGUGCUUGGGGGUGCUGGAGUUGGAAAAAGCGCUAUUCUUAGGAGACUCCUUGGACAGGGAUUUACAGAGAGGUACCGACCCACCGUUGAAGAUCUAUAUUCUAGGGAAUGCAUACUCGGCACACUUACACUCAAAGUCGAUCUGUUGGACACUGCCGGUGAUCUUCAGUUUCCAGCAAUGCGAAGACUCAGUAUAGCAACUGCACACGCCUUUUUACUGGUUUAUGCGACAACAUCCCUACCAAGUUUCGAAUGUGUCAAGAGGUGCUUUGAAGAAGUCAGGGAACAACGCCUAGACUAUCAGGAUGUGCCAAUAGUAGUGGCGGGUAAUAAACUCGACUUGGCAUCAGCCCGACGGGAAGUACCAAUCGAAGACGCAAGUGAAUGGUUAUUUUGUGAAUUGCCAAAGCUCAGGGCAAAAAUAAUGGAAUGUUCUGCCAAGGAUGACUACAAUAUCAAAGAAAUAUUUAGAUGUUUUGUAACGCUUUCUAAAAUACAAAAAAAUCCUAGCGGUGAACUCGAUGAGUCUGGCCUCAGGAGAAGAUGUUCUGCCUAUGGAUCCAGAAGAUCGGGAAGCCCCGGAGGAAAGACGGGAGGCAUGAGCGCGGGUGGAGGUGGUGGUGCCACUCAACAAGUUGUAGCAGCUCAAGGUACGAGUUUUGUUGCACUUGCUGAAGAAGUCAAGAGUAAGCCACGCAGCAGGAGUCUUAUACGUCGCGCUUCACGAAAGACAAAGCAGCAAAUACGAGAAGCGCAUACUGACGACUGCAAUAUAUCUUGAAUGAGCUUUUCAUUUCUUCGUCCAUUAAAAAUUGAUGUGAAAUUGAAAAUACAUAUUAUUUUCAUUAGACCUUCGUCAGUAUUUACGCACAGAUAAUUGUCUAGUAUACAGUAUUGAAGUGGUUUAUGGACCCCGAGCAACAGAGAAUAGUAUAUAUUAUGAGAAGACGCAUGCUGGAAUGGAAAGGAAUAAAUGUACUUGUACCGAAAGUAAAGAAAAAUAUGAAAGAAGUAAACUUGCCGUCUCUAUUUCAGAUAUAAGCACUUCUAUCACUCUAUAUGCUAGAAUCAAAAUACUUGAGUUAUCCGAAUUUAUAUAAUCGUUAUGGUGCCCGAGACCAACAACAAAGUCUUUACUUUAGAUUUUAAGGAUAGAAAUAAACUCAUGACAGUAUGUUUGUCAUGAAGAAUUAAGAAGAGACAAAAAAUCAUUCAGAAGCCAUAUCAUAUUCCUCCCUCAGGUACAAAUUAAUUUAACCUCAGAGUGUAUUGCUAUAUCAUUUACCUUCAUUUUAAAAACAUGUCCUAUUUUUUUUUCGAAUAUUGUGGACUUUUUUGCAAAAAUUAUAUGAAGAAGUCCAGACGUUAAUCUGAUACAGCCAAUAAAUAAAUAAAUAAAUAAUAUUCUUGACAAAAAAAAAAUGAGUUUACCCUUCGGAGGGAACAAAUAACAGAGGUGUUUUAAUUUGUAAUAUUAUCUCCAAUAAUAUAAUAAGUGAAUGCUGUAAAUUAUUGUUAUCAUAGAAAGAUAAAAUGAAAAAAAAAACCAAUGAGUGAUUUAAUGGUAUGUCAAUAAAAAUGUUUUCAAUUGUUAUUUUGCUUGCUGUAUUCCCAACAUGAGGUUAAUAUUAAGAAAAGUAAAAUUGUCCAAUGUUACGUAAUUUUAAAAACUUGGAGAAUAAAAAACAA